CUCCUCUCUGUUCCUCCCUUUCCUCCGUCUCCCCCUUUUUUCCCCGUUUCUCACGCACCCCAGCCUCCUGACUUAGCAGAUGGGAAAUGGGAAUUGAGAAAGGGUCUGAGCCCGUCUCAGUCUCAGGGACCACACUUCUCUCUCCAUGUAUCUCCAGCCUGUGCCUGUGCCAGGAUGGGUUGUAGGGGGAGAAUCUUGAGGUUACCUUCCACGAAAUGGAUGCUGUGGUAUGCCUGCCCAGAAUCAAUACAGAACAGAAAGGGCUGGGAGGGAAGGAAGCCGUUAGUUUAGCCUUCUGGCCAGCCCUGGUCUACACGGCAGUCCUAGGAGACUUCAGCUAGGACAGAGGCAGCCUAGGGGUUAGAAGACCGGAAGAUCUUAGUGUUCGAGUCUGGGAGUGACCACAGUGACCUCAUCCCCAUCUCAGAGAGGGAGAGAUUGAGUCUGAGGAUGUCCCCGGGGUCCUUUGUGUUCGAGGAGAAUACAGCUCUGGUGGGCUGGUUUCUGUGCCAAUUGCUGGGUUACCAUGGUUACCAGGGGAUGCCCAGCAUUGAGCACCAGAUUCUUCUCCUCCUCCCUCCCAGUAGGGGGAGGGGCAGCGGGUACCAAGGCACGCACCAGGUAGAUUCCUGGCUCUGGCCAAUGAGGGAUGAGAAUCGUGGUCGCCAGGGAACAGUAACCAAGGAACCGUUGCCUUGGAAUCUCCACCGCAUACCCGCUCCACUGGGUUGUGGGCUGCCAGGGCUAGGGCCGGACGUUGAGCUGACUAGGCAGAGAUUUCUCCCCCACCAUUCCCUGAUUGCCUUCUGACCCAAGUCUCCGGCUCAGCGGAAAUGAUGCCUGGCCUUGUUAUCACAACCAACCAACAACCAAAGCUUUCCCCCUCCUUGUCCUGUUCUCUGCCCUGCCCUCCCCCCCCAUCACUCCUCUUCCCUCAUGCCUUCUCCACCCAAACUUGGCUGCCUAGGACCUGACAGUUCUAUGAGCCACCCCUCCCUCUCCCCAGGGCUCUGUACACAUAUGAGGAUGGCUCAGAUGACCUCAAGCUUGCAGCAUCAGGAGAAGGGGGUUUGCAGGAGCUCUCGGGCCACUUCGAGAACCAGAAAGUGAUGUACGGCUUCUGCAGCGUCAAGGACUCCCAGGCGGCCCUGCCAAAAUAUGUGCUCAUCAACUGGGUUGGUGAAGAUGUUCCUGAUGCCCGAAAGUGUGCUUGCGCCAGCCAUGUGGCUAAGGUGGCUGAAUUCUUCCAGGGUGUUGACGUAAUUGUGAAUGCCAGCAGCGUGGAAGACAUUGAUGCUGGUGCCAUCGGGCAGCGGCUCUCCAACGGACUGGCACGACUCUCCAGCCCAGUAUUGCAUCGACUGCGGCUUCGAGAGGAUGAGAAUGCCGAGCCGGUGGGCACUACCUACCAGAAGACAGAUGCAGCCGUGGAAAUGAAGCGGAUUAACCGGGAGCAGUUUUGGGAGCAGGCCAAGAAGGAGGAAGAGCUGAGGAAGGAGGAGGAGCGGAAGAAGGCCUUGGACGCCAGGCUCAGGUUUGAACAGGAACGAAUGGAGCAGGAGCGGCAGGAGCAGGAGGAGCGGGAACGACGCUACCGAGAGCGGGAGCAGCAGAUCGAGGAGCACAGGAGGAAACAGCAGACUCUAGAAGCUGAAGAGGCCAAGAGGAGGUUAAAGGAACAGUCUAUCUUUGGUGACCAGCGAGAUGAAGAAGAAGAGUCCCAGAUGAAGAAGUCAGAAUCAGAGGUGGAGGAGGCGGCUGCCAUUAUUGCCCAGCGGCCUGAUAACCCACGGGAGUUCUUCAGACAGCAGGAACGAGUUGCGUCGGCCUCUGCUGGCAGCUGUGACGCGCCCUCACCCUUCAACCACCGACCAGGCAGCCACCUGGACAGCCACAGGAGAAUGGCACCUACUCCCAUUCCCACCCGGAGCCCAUCUGAUUCCAGCACAGCCUCCACCCCUGUCACCGAGCAGAUUGAGAGGGCCCUGGAUGAGGUUACAUCCUCACAGCCUCCACCCCCACCUCCACCACCCCCACCAGCUCAAGAGGCCCAGGAGUCUGCCCCGAGACUGGAUGGUGAAGAGACCAGCAAGGGGGCCGAAGCCGCAGCAACCCCUCGGACCUGGGCUGACUCUACAGAGGAGCACCCUCAGGCCUGGGCUGGCUCUACAGAGGAGUCCCCUCGGGCACAGGAACCUCCUCCGGUGCAAAGUAGCCCCAUGGAGGACUUGAUGUGCACAGAAUCCCCAGAGCAGGCUGUCCUGGCUGCCCCCGCAGAGCCUGCUGCCUCUGUCACCUCAGUAGGUGAUGCCCAUGCAGCUGACACCAUUGAGACCACCACUGCCACUACUGACACCACUAUUGCCAAUGAUGUCACCCCUGGCACUGCCAGCCUCAUUGAUCUAUGGCCUGGCAAUGGGGAAGAGGCCUCAGCACCUCAGGCUGAGCCCAGGGUGCCUACACCACCCUCAGGUGCUGAGGCCUCCCUGGCAGAGGUACCUCUGCUGGAUGAGGCAGCCCCGGACCCGCUGCCGCCAGCUGGUGAAGGCUCUGCCAACCUUCUUAAUUUUGACGAGCUGCCAGAACCUCCAGCCACAUUCUGUGACCCAGAGGAGGAAGUAGAAGGGGAGCCGCUGGCUGCCACCCAGGACCUAAAUAUGCCCUCAGCUCUAGAGGAGGUAGACCAGGUCCUGGAGCAGGAGCUGGAGCCAGAACCUCACCUUCUGACCAAUGGAGAGACCACUCAAAAGGAGGGGACUCAGGCCAGUGAAGGAUACUUCAGUCAAUCACAGGAGGAAGAGUUCGCCCAAUCAGAAGAGCUGUGUGCAAAGGCUCCGCCUCCGGUAUUCUACAACAAACCUCCAGAAAUCGACAUCACCUGCUGGGAUGCAGACCCCGUACCUGAAGAGGAAGAGGGCUUCGAGGGUGGUGAUUAGUCGUGGCAACUGUUCCCUGGCUGCCUUCGCUAAGGCUGCCCACCUGCGGUAGCCUCUGGCCAGACGGCUUGCAGCGCCUGCAUUAGCAGCGGCCCCGCCUGGCACCCACUCUGGACUCCGGCGCUGGCCGGGAUCUGUCCGCUUCCCUACCCACAGGGCCUGACUUUACAGCUUUUUUUUUUUUUUUUAAAGUUGAUAGACUUGUACAGUUGACUGGUUUCCCUCCCGUUGGUAGUUGAGAUGAUGUUACAGAUUUUCCACCCCCUUCCUGCCCAGACCAGAUUGUAGCUUAGGCUCUGCUCGGCCAACCAGGGUGGGACCUGGUGGGGGUUGGGGGUUUUGGUGGGAAAAUGUUCCCCCCAUCACUUUUCCUAGUUUUAUGUUUCUUGGAAAAAUAUCACUUUGUAUUCUCUAUCCAGGGUUUCAGAUAUUUUGCACGAAUUUUAACACAUGGCAAUAAAUGGCUCGUGGGCUCUGGC